GCUUUCGUGACCAGCUGUAACCAAACCCCAAACAACCUUCGUACACAUACCCCAAAUGGCGCCAUCAACAGCUCCAGACUCGAACGCGUCUGCCACUAUCAAAAUCGGCACGCGUCAAUCCGCGCUUGCUCAAAUCCAAGCUCGUGCAGUCGAGCAGCAGCUGAAGGAUGCAUUCCCAGACCGAACCUACAAAAUCUGCCCGGUCCUGGCGCAGGGAGACAAGGACAAAGUCACGCCCCUACAGCAGUUGAGCCAGGGAGAAAAUGCGAAGAGCUUGUGGACGGGUGAACUGGAGAGUAUGCUUGAGGCUGGAGACUUGGACAUUAUUGUUCACUGCUUGAAAGACAUGCCUACUCAACUACCUGACAAUCUCGCCCUUGGCGCCAUCCUCGAGCGUGAAGACCCUCGCGACGCUCUCCUCAUCUCGCCCCGACUCCCAAGUGGCACCCAACUCUCCACGCUACCUGAGGGCGCCACAAUUGGAACCUCGUCUGUUCGUCGCGCUGCUUCGUUACGACGUGUAUACCCACAUCUGAAUUUCGCCGACUUGAGAGGCAAUGUUGGAACCCGGUUAGGCAAGCUGGACGCAGAGGACUCAAAGUACUCCGCUAUUGUGCUGGCUGCUGCUGGUCUCAAGCGGAUGGGUCUCGAGCAUCGCAUUGAUCAGUAUUUGAGCAGCGAUAGCGGAGGUAUGCUACACGCAGUUGGCCAGGGCGCAUUGGCGAUCGAGAUCAGGAAGAACGACGAGGCAAUGAUAGAAAUACUUAGCAAGAUUCGAUGUGAGCGGUCUACACGAGCUUGUUCCGCCGAGCGAGCAUUACUACGAGCACUCGAAGGAGGUUGCAGUGUGCCAAUUGGCGUUGAAACGACAUGGAGAGGUGGAAAGAACCUUUCGACAGGAGCACAGCCGGCAAAGGAUUACGAUAAGCACGGCAAUGCUGUUGAAGAGGCGGAACCGGAUAUGGAUGAUCAAGAGUUGGUAUUGAAGACGCUUGUGGUGAGCGUGGACGGCAAGGAAUCCGUCGAGUACGAAACAGCUCAGAAAGUACGUUCAGCAGAGGAGGCGGAAGCCAUGGGACGAGAAGUGGCCAAGAUUUUGAUCGAGAAGGGUGCAGAUAAGAUUUUGGAGAAGAUUAGUGCUGAAAAACAGUGGGCUGCGAAAAAACAGCUGGAGGAGACUAAGACAACUUCCUGAGAAAGAGCUUAAGAGGUAUACUUGUAUGGAGAGGAUUAGAACUGAGUGGAAGUAGAUCCAACGCAAGCCGUAUAC